AUGCACAAGCGCAAGAGCCGCGGAACGCUGCUCGCCUCCGCCGGCCUCGCCGGCGAGCCUGCCCGAUCUCCGCCUGGCGGCAGUGCCGCGCCGGCCGCGCCUGCGUCUGCCGCCUCCCCCGCCAAGCGCCCGAGGCCGCUCCCGAUGCUGGCGGAACCGACUGCGCGGGGCGUGCCGCUGGCGGGCGGCGGAGGCGGCCGCAUGGCCAAGAACUUCAUCAACGACGGGCGGCCUUCGGUUUAUCUAUCGGGGAAGAAAAAGUCGGGGCCGGGCUCGGCUGCGAGCGCGGGACACUCGGUGGCCAGCUUGGGCCAGGCGCUGCUCGACCGAGAGGCGCAGGAGGAGGCGGCGAAGGAGGCGGCGGCGCAGGCUGCCCACGACGAGGCGGCCAAAGAGGAGGCGCCGCCCUCUGCUCCCGCGCCCGUGCAGAGCGGCGUCGGAGAGCGCGAGCGGCGGCAGCGCAAGGCGCCGUCGCGCUGGGCCGCCGACCCGCUCUCUGUCCUCAACCUCGGGGGGAGGCUGUCUGAGCUUGAGCAAGCCCGCGCCAACGUGUGA